AUGACAAGCCCUCCACAUUCCAUCUCUGACUAUACACUACUGGAAUUUCUAGGUGAAGGUGCAACAGCUCAAGUCUAUUUAGCAACUCACGAACGAUCCGGAACGCAAGUGGCGAUUAAAGUAAUUGAUAAAUUACUGAUUCAACGAGCUCAAUUAGAGCGUAAAAUCCAGCAAGAACUCGUGCUUCAUACUGAAUUACAACAUCCUCAUGUUCUUUAUGUCGAGACGGUGUUUCAAGAUGCUCGAAAUUACUAUAUGGUGCUUGAAUACUGUGCGAAUCGAUCGCUUUCUACAAUAAUCAAGACAUUACCACAGUGUAAAAUGGAUGAACACAUGGCAAAGAAGAUAUUUCGUCAAGUUGUUGCGGGUGUUGUCUAUUUACAUGGAAAUGGUGUGAUCCAUCGAGAUCUGAAGCUUGCAAAUCUAUUGGUUACGGAGCAUGGCGAGGUGAAAAUUUCAGAUUUUGGACUAGCAGCACGACUUGGAGAGGACCAUGUGACAAUGUGUGGAACGCCUAAUUUUAUUGCACCGGAAAUCUUGACAGCAGAGGACAAACCUUACGAUGAAGCAGUGGAUAUAUGGUCCCUUGGAUGUAUUUUAUACUGUUUGCUGCUUGGGAAAGCACCGUUUGAAGGUCGUAAAGUCAGCGAAACAUUGGAGAAUGUGGCAAAUGCAGGACAAAAGCCGCUGAAGUUCCCAGCCGGGUUUUCUUCGUCUGCAAGCGACUUGAUCAAACGGCUACUUUGUCCAAAUCCACGUAGUCGUCCACGUGCCGAGCAAAUUCUGCUACAUCCUUGGCUCCGUGAGCAAUCUCAGAAGCAUGGACCACCACUAUCAUCAUCCGGCGGUAGACGCAAGUCACUUGCACGGAUACCUCCACAUCCGCGUGCUUUAUCUCGAUCUCCUAAAAGCUUGCGCGAAACCCGCAGGGCUGCAAUGUUGCGGCCGAUGAGAGGGGAGGAUUUGUCAUCUUUUACCUCAUCAGCUCCGCUUAAGUUUGGAACGCGACGUACGAUCGGUGAGAGUAAUGCUGGCUUGAAGCGGCAUGUGCUGCUCGAAGCUCCUGCAAAUGGAAUACGAUCUUCUCAAUUUCGGUCAAUGCUGUCUGGUCAUGGGAACACCAGCAGUGACUACUGUUCUAGUUCCGAUGACAAUAGCAUGAACCUCAAUGACGACUUCAGCGAGCUUUCCGAGCGAUCAUUACCAACGUGCGAUGGCUCUGACGAGCGAAAGGAAGAAAACGAGUCAUUUGACCAAAUUGAGGAAUCACAGCUUGAUGUUUCGAGGAAUUCUGGACCAUUCGUAUCGGUCAUAAUGCAUUUGGAAUUGCAAAACCGGACGUGGUCCGAGAUCUCUCAAGCGAGCGUUGGCACUUUGGAUGACACGAAGAUGCAGUUGCAGUGGAGCUGUAAGGAACCAGCUGAAGUUGGUAGACCACCGACAUUCAACUUGAAGGUAUCGAACGGGUGGGAAGGAUGUUAUGAAUUAGCUACUGGGGUGCUCACAGCCAUGACAAAAGAAGGUGAUCCAUUACGCUAUGAGAUUCCAGGAGUCAGUAGAGCACGAACUGAUUUCAAUGUGGCCUCGAGUUCACCUGGGAUACCAUCUUCACGCUUUACCCAGCGUCCGUUCUUGCCACCAUUGGUUCGGUUUUGCCAAUGUCUUGCAUUACGCACUAUGCAAUUGCGCCGAAUUGCACUACGAGGUGAAGUGAGAAAGCUCCCGCUUGUGCAUUAUGACAGAUUUCCAGAGACGUUAUUGGCUUCAUUUCGCUAUCGAUCUUCGUUUCUCGAUCAAAGUGCUGGAGGUGGAGGAGCAUGUUUGAACAAGAGAAUGUCUCAUGAACCGCAGAGAGAGGUUGUUAUUGCUGGUAUUGGUCACGGGUACAUUGAUGCAAGUGGAGACUUGAAAGUUGUCUACUUGGAUGGUGCUCAGCUCACUCUAGCAGCAAGUGGAUUGCAAUUACGAUUUCGUCCAUCAUGGGGGUCAAAGAAUUCUUCCAAUGAUGACAAGAAUGUUAAAGAAGAUGUGUAUGAACUACUGACAAGUGACAAGAUGUCAUCCUUCUUACCCUCAGCUGUUAAACAAAAGCUAGAGAGUAUUCCAGAGUUUAUUAGGCGUCUUAAAGCAGCAAGUUAA